GCCUGCGCCCGCCCGGUGCCGCCGCCAUUUUGUGCUGAGGGGCGCGCGGAGGCGGCCGCAGAGCUGCAGAAUGGAAAACUACAAGAAGACCAAAAUUGUGGAGAAACCUUGUCCUCUUCCUUUCACUGACCUGCCCCCUGACAUUAUUGAAAUGAAAGUGAAGGACGGGAGCAAAAUAAGAAACCUGAUGGGCUACGCCAUUGGCAAGAUGGAACUGGACUCAGUGAGGCAGAUCCUUUUCACUGGCUCAGGCAAGGCCGUUAGCAAGACCAUUACGUGUGUGGAAAUCAUGAAACGGAGGCUCAAGGAACUCCACCAGAUCACCAAAGUGCUUUUUAAACAGAUCGAGGAGAUCUGGGAACCCAUUGUGCCUGAGGCAGGCCUCGAUGCCCUGACAGUGAAGAGAAACAUUCCUGCCAUAUGCGUCCUGCUCAGCAAAGAUGCCCUCGAUCCCCAGGAGCCUGGCUAUCAGGCUCCAGGUUCUUUCGAUGCCUUCUGGAUCGAGACACUUAAAGCGGAGUCCCAGGCCCAGAUGAAGAGGAAGCAGGGUGGAGGAAGGGGAGCUGGCAACACAGGAAAGCACCCUCGUGCUGCUGCGGGGCACGGGGAGCCCGGCGUGAAGUCCUGAGACAGAGACAUGGUUGGGUAGUUUGGGGGAGCUACGGAAACGAGCCAGCUGCUGCAGCUGGAAAGCUGCUGCUGAACACAGGGCCUUGCAGAGCUGUUAGGAGAGGGCAGGAGCAGUUCCUGUUCCAAACGGACGUAACUGCAGCUGCCUGAAAUCGUGUUGCAACGAGUUUCCGUGUCAGAGGCUGCCAGGCUGUACUCUGUAGCCUGCGGUUCAGGGAUGAGGCGGGAAGACAGGAGGCACCUCUCGGAGCGAGGGCCGUUGGCGUCUUGUUGAGCCCAGGCGAGCGGCUGUUUGCCGAGCAGGGAUGCCGCGAGGUGGAGGCGGCUCUGCUGUGGCACCGGGGCGAGCUGCGACCC